AUUUUGUUGGAAAUAUUUAUAUAGUGCGUGGAUCAUGCAUGGUUUUUAAAAAUUUUUUGUAUAGUUUCCAGAAAUUAAAAUAAAAGUGAUAAAUAUAUACACAUAAUUUUAUAUAGAGGAAAUGAGAGUUUUGUUUUUGUAUAGAAAUGAUAUUUUACGUUCUAUUUCGUUUCAAGGAAGUUUUUGGUUUUGGGUUUUGCAUUAUUUGAGCUGAAUUAGCGUAAAUUUGUAAAAAUGGAUUUUGAUUUUUGUUAGUUCAAUGCAGUACUAUUUUCUUUUUAUAAGUAUAUUUUUGAGGAGGAUUAAUAGUGUUUCCACUUAUUCUCUAACGUGAUUCGAAUCUUCAAUCAACUAGUUGAGCAAGCUUCAUUUUUCAAUGAAAGACUAUUUAGUUAUUUGCUUAAUGAUGUUUUUACGUACUAAUUGCUACUAUAAGCUUGAUUAUUGAAUUUUGAUAACUUGGGUCUUUUUCAUGUUAUUGGGUUUUCUGUUCUAUUUGUUUGAGCAAUUCUCCCUGCAAGAGCUAGCUUAUGGAUUUGAGUUAGGUUCAAGUGUCAUAUUUGGGCUCUCGGUCCAUGCUUUCCAGUUGGAUCUGGGCAUGAAGAGUGUGGUUUGUUUAUAUGGACUUGGACAAUCCUCCAUAUUCUUACACGACUAGGGGGAAUUAAGGUCUACGUGUAAUGAUAUUUAUAUUUUGUUUUUAGGAAGUUUUUGGUUUUGAGUUUUACAGUUGAGUCGAAUUAGCGUAAUUUGGUAAAGUGAAAAUGUUUGAAUUUUGAUGACUUGGGUCUUUCAUGUUAUUGGAUAAUUUUGAGAUCCUUUGUUUAGCUAAAUUGGUUUCUGUUUGAAAGUUACUUGUGCCACCAGGGCACUAGGCCCAAUGUGAGUUGUAUGUACAUCUGGUCGCACAAAUUGCAUAGUAUCAUAAAUGGCGAUCCCAGGUGUUUUGUUUGUCUGGAUAUCAGCAAUUCAAGUGAUGUAAUAUGUUUCAAUGGAUAGUUGAUGUAGAAGCGUCUUAACGGACAAACAUACGAUUUAUGUGAAUUGCUGAUUAGCUUUCUCCACUUCUCUGGUUCAGUUAUACCCAUAUUGGUCUGAGAGAUUGCUUCUUACCAGUAAGUGGAAAGUUGAUAAUAUUGUUGAUUUCUGAGAGAAUAAGUAUGAGUUGCAGAUAGCAUUACUUGAUAUAGUGGGUCAAUUGAAGGGUAUAGCUUCCUGUACAGUAGUGAUAAAUAGAUAUGAUUGUGGAUUCAUCAAAAUGAGAAGUCCCCGUAGUUGUUGCUUUGCCUGAUUAUUUAAAAAUGGAUUACAAACUCCACAUUUUAGCCCGUCCCUAAGAUUUUGAUGUAUAGACUAGUGUUUAAAUGCUUAGCUGGCUUACUGAGAUCUCAGAUAGCACUAUUUCAGUGACACUUCAACCAUAGCAAAGUAUCAUUCUUUAGUUUUCAAUAACUCAUCGCAUUCUUCUUCUCUUUGUUAAAUUUGUUAUUUGUGGAAGGGAGGGCAGUUUGUUUGUUAAAUCUCCUCAUUUCAUCUGAUUUUAUAUCUUUGCUUGGCUUUUCACAUUUUCUUCCGAAUCCCUGGUCUAGGAUAAUAUGAGUAAAUUGAAGGUGGAAUAUAUAAAGUAAUCUUUGUGGUUCUAAAUUUUUCUGUAAUUGGAUGCGCAAUUCUCAUUUUCUCUAUCAGUUGUUGAUGGCACACAUUCUGUUUAUUAUUUGGUAUCUUAUAUCAUGAAAACUCGCUAAAUUGAAUGUGAAGUUGCAGAAAUAUCCCCCAACAGUCAGGCGGUUUGCUUUCAAUAAAGAGUAUAAAUUUUGAGUUUCAAGGGGUCGUAAACAGAUAUAACAUUGAAGUUUGGUGAAUCACAAGAAUGAAGUUUGGUAAGGAAUUCAAAAGGGAAAUGGUUCCAGAGUGGAUUGAAGCUUAUGUGGACUACACUGGACUCAAACAUAUAUUACAGGAGAUCCGCCAUUUCAAGGAAAGCAAGCAGCCUCCAACGCCUGCAAGAACUUUAGAUCAGAGGUUGGCAUUAUAUCGGAACUUUAGUGGUCUAAAUCUACAAGGCAGUGUUCAGAAUACUGGUGAUAUUGAGAACCAGGUGAUAGCAGUGAACACGGUGCAACAUGAAAACUACAGAAAGUUUUACAAAACCAAGUUCCUGGCAUCUCCUGAAGGAGCAGAAAAUGAAAUUAUGUUCUUUGACAAACUAGACCAUGAAUUCAACAAGGUUAAUACUUUUUACAAGGACAAGGUUGAUGAAGUCAUGAGGGAAGUAACAUUGCUGAAUAAACAGAUGGAUGCUUUGAUUGCAUUACGUAUCAAGGUAAUGGAUCCGGGUUUCAAUGCAUUUCCUUCCCUUCAAAGUCUUUCCUUGGACAUUAACAAUUCGACACCUUCGAGGAUCACAUCUCCUCUCAGAAUGAUGACUGUAGAUACGGAUGAUAUGCCUGUCAGUCCAAUUUUUGACCCCACUUAUGGAAGACAGGCUUCUACGACUAAUGCUUCAUAUCCCAAGCUUCCCAUCAACCGCAAUAUUUUAAGAGCUGAUUCACAAAAAACAGAUCCUCUUGAAAUCCUAGAUCAUGUUAAGCUUGUUAAUACAUUUGAAAGUCCCAUAUCAACUAUAAGAGGUGUCUUGAGCGAAUCCAAGGAGAAUGACUUGAGUUAUAAGAAAGAGGAACUAAAGAAGGUUGAACAUAGGCUAAAGCUUAUUUUCAUAGAGUUCUAUCAAAAACUUCGCCAUCUAAAACACUUCAGCUAUAUGAACCUGUCUGCAUUCUCCAAGAUCCUCAAAAAAUAUGAAAAGAUUACGUCUAGAAAAGCAGCAAGAUCAUACUUGAAAAUGGUGGAUAACUCUUACCUUGGGAGCUCUGAGGAGGCUACCAGUCUUCUGGACAGGGUGGAGACUACCUUCAUCAAGCAUUUCUCACAGUCGAACCGAAGAGAAGGCAUGAAGAUAUUGCGUCCAAAGCAUAAAAGAGAAAAACAUCGUAUAACAUUCACGUCAGGUUUCUUUUCUGGUUGCUCAAUUGCUCUACUAGUUGCUGUUAUUCUAUUAAGAGAUGACAGAAAGUUGAUAGAUAAAGAUGAAGGCACCUCUUAUUUAGACAAGAUAGUCCCACUUUACAGUUUUUAUGCAUACAUUGUGUUGCAUAUGCUUUUAUAUGCUGCAAACAUAUAUUUCUGGAGGCACUACAAAAUCAACUAUGCAUUUAUCUUUGGUUUCAAUCAAGGGACCGAGUUAAGCUAUAGGGAAGUCUUCCUUCUUAGCAAUGGUCUAGCAAUGCUCGUCCUUGCCGCUCUCCUGAUGCAUCUGCACAUGAAUUCAAGAGCUGAAAUAUAUGGAACCCGUAUUGAAUAUGUUCCUCUUGGAUUGAUAAUGGUUCUUCUUUUCAUUACUUUGUGCCCGUUUAACAUCAUUUAUCGCUCAAGUCGUUUGUUCCUUAUAAGAUGCGUCUUCCGCUGUAUCUGUGCUCCUCUUUACAAGGUUACUCUUCCAGAUUUUUUUCUAGCAGACCAGCUGACUAGCCAGGUUGAAGCAAUAAGGAGUUUGGAGUACUAUAUUUGCUACUACACUUGGAUUAAAUCUUCGCAUGGACAUAAUACAUGCCAAAGUCACAAUGUCUAUAACAUAUUUUACUUCAUUCUAGCGAUCAUACCAUAUUGGUUUCGGUUUUUCCAGUGUGUCCGUCGACUGUUUGAAGAAAAGGAUCAAGCACAGGCAUACAAUGGCUUGAGAUACUUUUUGACAAUUCUGGCAGUCGUUAUUAAAACAGCUUAUGUACUGAGAAAGAGUUUGACUUGGGAAGUGUUGGUUAUACUUAGCUCACUUAUCACAACUUGUUUCAACACAUACUGGGAUAUAGUUGUCGAUUGGGGGCUGUUGAGAAGGAAGUCCAAGAACAAGUUCUUGCGGGAUAAGCUCAUACUGCACCAUAAAAGUGUAUACUUCACUGCCAUGGUCUUGGAUGUUUUGCUCAGAUUUGCUUGGCUACAACUGGUAUUAAGAUUCAACGUGCCUUCUUUACAAGGAAGUACUGUCUCAAGCAUAUUUGCUUGCUUAGAAGUAAUUCGACGUGGCAUGUGGAAUUUUUUCAGGUUGGAAAAUGAGCACCUGAACAAUGUGGGGAAAUAUCGAGCAUUCAAGUCAGUACCACUUCCUUUCGCGUACCAUGAAGAGGACGAGCACAAAGAAGAAUAAAGAUGAACAUUUGUCUAUCCCCAUUACCUUAUCAGAGUGCUAGCAACUGCCAAACUUUAGCAAACAGCAAAUGUCAAUUCAACAUGAAGAGUUCACAUGUCAAAUGUCGUCUGAUCUACAACAUUUGACAUCUAAGCUCAACAAGUUCUUACAUUUUCUGGCUUAAAGGUAGACGCGAAGAGUAGAACGCGUGUGAAAGAGGUUAACAUUAAUUCACACACACAAAAAAAACAGGCAGAUUACAGAAGAUGCAGAUUUCAGAACAAGGCAAGAUGUGCAGUGACAAGGAGGAAAAGGAAGAAUACAAAAGGGACAUUCUUGAAAAUUGAUUAAUUGUAUACCAGAAAAAUUAUGCAAAUAUAAUUGUAUAUUGUUCAAGUCGAA